GCCAGUCAGGAAUACUCGAUAUGGAACCUUAACGGCAAAUCCAGAAAAUGUCAGACACAAUUUUUGAUCUCAAUAAAGCCUAUGAAGAAAAUGUACUCGAAAAGGAACAUCCGCGAAGCAUUGGAUUGUUCACGAUCCCGGAGUACCCCGAACUGGAGGCGAGUCGCGGCAUGUGGUCUGCAGCCCUCGAAGCUAUCCUCACGACCCUGCGGUACUUCGCGCCGGCGACGCUGCUCACUCUCUUCUGGGGCCAGGAGAGCUUCCUUUUCAGACUGCUGAAGAGCAUCGACAACGCUUUCAGAGCGAUUGUAUUCUCAAGCGAAGAGCAGAAGGAAGACGUACUACGAUGGCUGGCAGAAGCGGGCCCCGUGCGGGUGGAGCACCUAGACACCGUAUGGCGACACGGCUGGAUACUGUGCGGCGUGCUGGACGCAGCGCUGCCCGGCGCGUGUGCCGGACACCCGCCUACGAGACUCUCCCUCAAGCACGCACAAACUAUUGCUGAUCACUACCUUGGCGUUGAACCGGUUUUCUCCCGCCAGGAGCUAGAAUUGAACGACUCGCUUAGCAAGCACCAAGAAUGGAAACUUGCUACAUUCUUAGAUCGUGUACGGCAAGCCCUCGCCAAGGUUUCGCCUCCCGUAUCCAAGCCGCCAUCGCAACGAACCUCUCCUGAAACCUCGCAAUUCACUCUCGAUUACGUCGCUCGAGGUGCUGGUCUCGUAGCAGCUCAAGUUCGGAAUAAGGUCUACUUUAAAAUAUAUCCGACUGCUCAACAACGCCUCGAUCCAGGAGAAAUAACAAUACUCAUUAAAGGUCCACGAGACACGUAUGGCAUGACAGUCAUUCCUCCUAUCUUCGGCAAGGCACAGUUGAUACGCCAAAAAUUACUGGGACUCCAGACAAAGCCUGCCUUCACGGAAAAUGCUCUACCGAUAACACAAGGAGCAACCUACUUACGCUCGUAUGGAAAAAAUGACAUGAAUAAAACAUACUUUAUUCCUAAAGAUCGUUAUGAUAUUGAAAUUACCGUCGACUCAAAGCCAGACCAUUCUAAAAUUGGUUACACGGUAAGCUAUGAGGGACGAUAUGAAAUCUCCAUAACAAGUAGAGGACAACAUAUUGUAGGAUCACCGUUUAUAGUUACAGCUUCUCAUAAUAUUAUUGACAUUCUACAACAAGAGAGUUUCUGCUUAGAAGAUGGUGAAGAAAUAGACAUAGUGGAUGUUAAAUCUGAUAGGAAAGUUGUUUUACGUAUUGUUGACUUUGUCACUGAGAAAAUGCUAUUAAAAGAGAACGGAACACUGGAAAAAAUAAGUGAUGACGAAGCCAAAAUUUUGAUGACAACUGACGAAAACCAAAACAGUGAUGAAACUCUAAGCAUGGACUCUCAGUCUGAUAGGAGCCUAUUAACAAGCCUUGACGAGCCAUUAAGGCCCCAAAGAUUUAACACGACAGCCCAAAAAAUAUUAAAGAUGAACCGAGUUUGUAAGAUGUUCAACAGUAUUAUGGCCGAAAAACAAGAAAUCUUAGAAAGCAGCAGCGAUUCCUUUAUUAAUAAGGGUAAUCCACAAUAUGUCCCAGAUAUUGUUAAUUCAACAUUAAUUGAGACUAAUAUGAAUAAAUAUGUCGCUGCUGAAAAGCGUGACACAUUUAUUAUACCAGAAAGCAUUUCGGUGUCACUGCGAACUGAAAAACCGAAAUCCUUAUAUGAACAAGUCAUCUUCAAAGAAGGUAGACAAGGUUAUGAACCAAAGGAGAUAUCUAUACUUGUAAAUGAUUGUGAAGCUGAGGAAAUGAUCAUUGGAGAAAAAAUGCACGGAGACAAUAUUUCUUUUGUUUCAUCAUCAAGCAAUCCUUUCCUUAAUGAGACAUACGAACAAGGCUAUGAAACAGAAAAGGCCUUAGGUUCAUUUAUAAAUACAGAAUAUGAAACAAACAGGUCUCAAAGUGAAGUAACUGCUACUGCACCAAUAAACAUAUUUGUGGAAGAAAUUUGUAACAAUCCGUCGCCAUUAAACACAAAUCCGUUUAUAGAGCCAGAUAUUGUAGAGAGACCGAAAACUCCAGUUUUAAAAAUUUUAACUGGUGACAUUGCAAAUCAUAAUGACUCCAUUUAUGUGAAUAGUGGACCUGGGGAAUUCCUACAAGGCAAUGAGUUUAUUAACCCUUUUUUUAUUCACCAUCAUUCUAUUGAUGAGGAAGAUGGUAUACCAAGUAACGUAACUGACUUCAUUAUUGGCGCCCCAGUGUCUUUGCCUCCCUCAUUAAGAGUGCCCACCCCAGAACCGGCAUUGGAAUCUUUAAUGAUAGCAAACAAUGGGAAUAUUACUCAAAUCGCUCCCAAAGAACAAGAAGUUCUAGAAUGUGUAAAUGAAGUUUUUUCGACCCCUACACACACUGGUCAGCGUUCAACGGAUUUAUUAACUUUUCAUAGUCUCGACUCUGAUGCCACAGAAAAUGUAGAAAUUAUUAACAUAACCACGGAAGAAUAUACCACAGACCCAAACACAGAACAGUCCAAUAUUGCCCAAAGUUUGACUCCUAAAAGAGAUAUGUGGGAUUCAGCGUAUGUAAGUAUAGAUGACAGCAACAGCUCUCCUGAUACGAACAACAAUGAGAGCAGUCUGCUGUGUGAAAUGCCGAAAUACAGAAAAAAACACACUGACCUCAGUGGUCUUAAAUCGGAAGAAAUAAAUAAAAUGGGUCCAGCUGAAAGAGAAUUGUGGCUUACUUGCAGUGAUUUAAAUGUUGAUGAUAGUUCUAGGAUCGAAGAACUUAGACCGACUAAAUCAGAAAUAAAACGCACGACAUUUACGCCGAUCAUCGAAGAAAAUGACCGGAGCAUCUCGUCAGCCAUGAAAGAAUUACCGAGAAUUGAUUCGAUAACAAAACAGGGUGGUCUAGAAACAGUUACAGUGGCAUUUGCUGAACUAAACGACAUGUAUCAUGAAUACUUCCCAAGUUCAGAUUCUCUAACAAUAGGUAACGACGGUAACAUAAAAGAAAUCAAUGAGAUACAAUACACGGUUGAAAAUAAUGAUAUUUAUGUCGAUUCGGCGUCUGAAAGACUCUCAGAUGUGAAAAGACGUGCCAAGCAAAAAGAAGGUAAGAUUUCUGAGGUUCAGUCAAAUGUCACUGAAUCUGUUUCAGCAAGUCAGACCCUUCAAAAUGAGAUUAUUGAGUCAGAAGAAGAAAAAGGGGAAAUUAAAUUUGGUAGCGAGAACAGAAAUAACAUUGUUCUAGAACGAAAGAAAUAUUGGGACGAUAGAAUACGAGAAAUUGAGGCUAAAUCAGAUGAAGUAAAGGCAAAUCAAAAGAAAAGGCGGCUCUCUGCUAAACACCUAAGACAAAAUGAUUCCUUGACCAAAAAAAGAGGAAAAGAAAUAGCAAAGAAAAUCCUAAGUGAAGGUAGCGCCGUGACUCAAAACGUGACCGAAAUUAUUAGACAAAAGUAUCCAACUCCUCAAGCUUCAAUAGAAGAAGAAACUCAAACUGACGUGAAACUUGUAGAAAAGUGGAAGAAAUAUUGGGAUGAUAAACUGGAAGUGGAGAGAGAAGAAACAGACUCGAUUCGUUCAAGAAGUAGAUCACCAAAAAGCAUUGAUUCUCCGAUUCAAAUGCAAUCUUGUUCUAGCAAGAAAGAAGAAUUAGAAAUGAACCAUCCUGCAAUCAACAAUCAGUCCUCGUCUACAAGACAAGACCUUCCUGAAGAGGUGUUUAAAGCGUUUGAAACAAGUCCAAAAAGGUUUUUUGGGACGUCGAGGAAACAGAUUUUGAAUAAAAUUGACUCUUUUUUUGGAAAUCCAAACGUCGCAGAUCAAUCAUCGGAAGGUGUCUGCGGUGCGAAAUAUGAGAGUGGUUUAGUUUCUAGUCGAAUAUCUUUGUUCCACAAUAUAUCCCAGAAAGAGCAGGUUGUACCCUGGAAAUAUAGAAAGAGUAGAUCAAUGCAUAAUAUUUAUCAUCGCAAAGAUAGUGAGAAAAGUAUAGCUUCUGCAGAUGAAGUGUUAUCAGUUGAUAUAGAAAAUAAGUGUUAUCAAUACGAAUAUCUAAAACAAAAUAACAAUGAUUUAAACGCAAGUUAUGAAUCACUACGAAAUAUCACAAAACCAGACACAGCUUCACUGAAAGACAAGAGAGCAAGAAUGACACACAAAAUUUAUCACAAAACAUUUGAUGAAACAUUUAAUCAAAAGCGUGGCCCAGAAAGUGUUCACGAAAAAUAUAUAAAAAAGACUAUAAAAUCACUGGACAGUAAAAGUUCCAUUGAGAAUAAUACUUCCACAACCCUUUGUAAAACUACAAUCAGUAAAUCUGAAAUGGAUAUAUUUAGCAAAACAGCUGUGAAAGUACCUCAGAAUGAUUUGGACAAAUAUAAAUCUUGCGAAGAAUUACCGAAAAUUAACGUAAAAAAUGUUAUAUCUAUUUUUGAAUCUGCAUCAAAAUCAGUUACAGAACAAAACCUAGUGCGAAGACCUUCGACGAAGAACACAGGAGCGAAUCCACUGCAAGUAGGCAGCCAACUUUCAGGUGCUACAAAACCUGUCUUCACAUCAUCAAAUUCAACGUCAACUUCAUGUUCCCCGCUGAACUCUUCUUCGUCGGGGAUUUCUUCUUCACCGUCAACCUUACAUUUUACACCUAACUCCACUCAAUCUCAUAGCGAAUUUAAACCAAUUGAACCCCAACUCAGCCAUAAACGGUCAACUUGGUUCAAAAACCAUGAAAAAGAACGUGCAAAUAAAAGUCUGGAAAGUGCAACAAGUAUGGAAUCCAUCGAUAUAGAGAUUAUAUCUAUGUCUGACAAAUGCAAUCAAGGGUCUUAUCAAAGCAUUUCUGACAUUGGAGUAGAAACUGUCGAGAACAAUCCAGAGGGUUCUCCGGAACCAACGCCUGAUAGAGAAAUAGUACCUGAACUGAAAGAUUACAAGUCUCGUUUCAAAAUUGCCAAGAAUUACUUUAAAUCGUUGGAAGAGCUUAGAGAGCCUAAGAAACCUUCAAAACUAAAUGAAUGCGAGUUAAUGCUAUACAGCACUUCAGACGAAUCUCCUGACCACGAGAGACCGCAGAAAAGAGUCAAGAAAAACAUAAAAGCCCAUUCAAUGCCAUCUUCAGAAAUAUCCAAGGCUUGGGAGGAGAUGCAUAAAGAGCAGGACAAUGCAUCGAAUAACAAUAAACUAGUGAAGAUAUCAGAGAAAUUCAACGUGGAAGACUUGUUUAAUGACGUGAUGGAAGGUAGACUCAGUCGACAGGGUAGCUUAAGAGGAAUCCCACACAAAAAGGCAGUUUUAGAGACCUUUCGUUCUAUGGAGAACGUGUCCGUCAAUAAACUGAGCUCGUAUGAAAUGGCCAUUUCCCAGUUAAAUCAGUUUGCAAAAGAAAACAAAAUUAAAAACGCGCAGACUUAUCUCACGGAGUACCCUUACUUACCUACGACGGAUCCUUCCAAGUAUCAUUCACGGUUUGACGCUAAAGCCUCUGGUCUCAUAUCUAUGAAGGAGCUACUCAAUAAAAAACCGAGAAGAAACAGUGUGCCAGACUUAAGACUAAAUCCUACUUUCACCGUCGAAUUGUAAUUAAAAAUACAUGAGUGUGGUAGAAGGCUAGAUUUUAAAUAUAAUGACAGUACAGUAUUUACUAGUACCUUAUAGCGUAGACGAUACUCUUAAAAACAAUAAUUUAGUUACUUAAUUACAUGUUAUAAAAUGGGUAAAAUAAGCAGUUGUUACAAAAACACCGGUCUCUAUAAUUAUAUAGAUUGUAAGAAAAUUUAUUGUACGACUGUACAGACAUUGAAUCUUUAUUAUUAGCACUAAGAUUAAAUUGUAGCUAUUUAUUACAUUGACAAUAAAUUUAACUUAAUGA